UCGGCGGUUUCCGUUGUGGAAGCCGGUCCUGGAACAGCGGUUACCACUCCGUCUACGGCAAAAAGUCGUCGUAGCACUCCGAGGCGACGAGGCGUCGAGGGCAGGCGUCGGACCGGGACGCCCAGACGCCGCUCCUCGAACCAUCAGCAUCAUCGGUCAGUUCAUGAAACGCCCAACCCCAAACAGUCUUAUCCGCGCUGGGAACGUGCCGUGAUGGCUGCGGCCGAAAAAACAAAGGAUAAGCUGGUAAUUGUUGCCGAGUCACCUAUAAAACCGGACUCUGUACUGGGCAGUCCACUGCGGCGCCUGCGUAGAGCCAGUUCCCUUCUCGAUGCCUCGCGACUCUCCUCUUCCUUCCUAUGCGGGGGUCUCCUCGGUGGUGGUGGUGGUGGCGGCGGCGGGGACUCCUCUCUGUCUGGUGAGGCCAGCACUUGCACCUCCAUAGGCAUG